GAGGCUCGCGAGUCGUAAGAGCAGCAGUCUGUGGGAAGUGCCCGAGACGGCGCUGUAGAAAUGGUCUAAUGAUUAAGGAAAAAAAUAAAGGAUAACUCGUUUCUCAGUUAAAACGAGAGGAACUUCCCAGGAACAUUUUUUUUUUUUUUUUUUUAAAUCGCAGUGUGUAAUUUACACAACAUUUAUUUCGACUUCGAACAAAGAGAAGAGCCCGACACGGUCCGAGCAGCGAGUAGGAAACCGACUCCACUUCGGCUCAAGCGCACAGAAACCCUUCCUAUUUGUUUACAUGUCGUCUUGAGCCAAAAUGGCGACGCUAGCGAAACGGCUGCCGGCCGGCCGCGUCCGUAUCCGAGGCGAGCUGCUGCUGUUUUCCUCUAACGGCAUGAGUUAAAGCAGUCCGCUGGGGGUUCGAGGGAAAGUCCAGGCGUGUCUAAGCAGGUUGCACAGCCCCGCUCUGCCUACUUUGCCGCCCGAGAGCCGCUGUGGUGAAGCCGUCCGACACGAUCCUUCGGCCCGCGGCGAGCUUGGGUAGAAGUCACGUGACCCGCGCAAAGCCCAGCUGCCCAAUUCCAAUAUGGUGGUCGGCUCGGCAGGCUUACGCUUCUUGUUGAUGAUACUGUGCUUCCGUGGCUUUCGGUCCGGCGCCUACGGCCAGCUGCAAGCCCCGCAGGUUCUGGGGCUGCGACUGGAGGAGCCCAGCGAAGGGGUUUAUAUGCGGGAGCGGGUGAUCACAGCGCCGUACGGAGCCUCUUUCAAGCUUCGCUUGUUCGGUCUCUUUCCGGCGAAUGGGACCGGGACCAGGACCACCACCACGACCACCUGGCCGUGGGUCGGGUUCGCCGUGUGCGCGGGCGCGGACGCGGACGGGAUCUCGGAGCAGGACCCGUGCGAGCAGGAGAAGAGCCGGAGCUCGGCCCUCUUCCAGGUGAGCGAGCGCUUAGACGCGGCUGAGCCUGAGGGUUAUAAUAAUUAUUAUCAUUAUGAUGGGGAGAACAGCAGCAGACUCGUAACCGUCACCGUGCGGACGAGGCGGGGACGCGACGACGGCGGGGACGGCGGCGGGUCCGAGGAGGGCAUCUACCACCGCGUGUGCGUCCUAGACGGGGCCAGGUGGGCUUCGGUGGGACGAGACAAGCUGCGGGCGGUGGGGGCGGGCGGAGAGACGCCGAGCGAUGAUGAUGACGACGACGCCGACGACGAUGACAUGAUCCCGACGUGGGCUCUGGCGGUGGCCGUGGUGCUCGUGCUCGCCGCGUGCGCGCUCCUGAAAAGCGUCAACCUGAGCCUGCUGUGGCUGGACCCCCUGGAGCUGUACGUGCUGCACAGCUGCGGCUCCGAGAGGGAGAAGCGGGCCGCGAAGCGCCUGGAGCCCGUGCGCAGACGCGGCAACCUGCUCGUGUGCUCGCUGCUGCUGCUGUGCGCGCUCGGGCACGCGGCGCUCGGCGCGCUCCUGCAGCGCGCCUUCGGCUCCGUGGCGCCCGCCGUGCUCGUGUGCGGCGCGCUCCUCUUCCUGGUGGCCGAGCUGCUGCCGCACGUCCUGUGCUCCGGCCACGGCUUCCAGCUCGCGCCGCGCCUCACGUGGCUGGCGCAGGUGUGCAUGGUGCUCACCUGCCCGCUCUCGUGCCCGCUCGGGCUGCUGCUCGACGUGGCGCUGCGUCGCGACGUGAGCACGUGCGGCGUGCGCGAGAGGACCAUGGAGAUGAUCCGCACGAACGUGAACGACCCGUACAACGAGUUCGUGAAGGAGGAGUUCAGCCGCGGCGCGCUGCGCAGCAAGACGGUGGAGGACAUCCUGACCCCGCUCAAGGACUGCUUCAUGCUGCCCUCCACCGCCGUGCUCGACUUCAACACCAUGUCGGAGAUCAUGCAGAGCGGCUACACGCGCGUGCCCGUGUACGAGGACGAGCGCUCCAACAUCGUGGAGAUCCUGUACGUGAAGGACCUGGCGCUGGUGGACCCCGAGGACUGCACGCCCAUGAGCACCAUCACCAAGUUCUACAACCACCCGCUGCACUUCGUCUUCAACGACACCAAGCUGGAUGCCAUGCUGGAGGAGUUCAAGAAAGGUAACUCGCACAUGGCCAUUGUGCAGAAGGUGAACAACGAGGGGGAGGGGGAUCCAUUCUAUGAAGUUCUGGGAUUGGUCACGCUAGAGGACGUCAUUGAGGAGAUCAUCAAGUCAGAGAUCCUAGAUGAAUCUGAUGGCUACAUGGAGACGAAGGUGAAGCGUCCCCUUGCUCCUCUGGAGAUCUCCCUGGAGCCGCGCUCCAGCCACGAGGAGUUCUCCCUCUUCAGGGUGUCGGAGGGCGAGCCGAAGAUCCGCACGUCGCCCCAGCUUUUGUUGGCCACUCAUCGCUUCCUGUCCCGAGAGGUGGAGCACUUCAGUCCCCACCGUGUUUCCGAGAAGGUCCUGUUCCACCUGCUCCGUCAUCCGAGCGUUAACCAGGAGGUGAAGUUUGACCCCUCCAACCGAAUGAGCCCCGAUCAUUACCUGUACACCCGCAACCACCCCGUGGACUACUUCAUCCUCUUGCUGCAGGGCCGUGUGGAAGUAGAGAUCGGGAAAGAAGGCUUGAAGUUUGAAAACGGAGCCUUUACCUACUAUGGUGUCUCCGCCCUGACGGCUCCCUCAUCAGUGCACCAGUCUCCUGUGUCCACUCAGCGUCGCUCCCCAAAGGAUCCCUUUGACCUUGGGGAGGCUGCCAGUCCCUCCAGCUACUGCCCUGACUACACCGUACGCGCUCUUACCGACCUGCAACUUAUACGGGUGACACGAUUGCAGUAUCUCAAUGCUCUGAUGGCAUCCCGGGUGACCCAGAGUCCAGACCCCCCUGAGAUCAAGAUCCUGCCUAACAGCCAGACUAAGCUGCUGAACGAGAGGAACACUAACAUAGAAUUUCCUGUUCACUUUUCUUUCUUUGACAAAAUUGAGAACUACUGUUAGUGUACAUUGCAUGAGGUGGAAGCAGGAGCAUGGAGAACACAACAGAAGGGGAAAGUCACGGAUAGACCAACCUGUCGAAUCCGAGCCCCACUUUUACCCAUCCUGUCCCCCCAAAUGUUAUCUGUACACCUCCGGCUGAGGAUUUUUAGAAUUUAAGUAUUAUUUUGUCACACACAGAGGCGGCUGGUCACGGGAUGACCCGUGCCCUCUCGCGCCGGAUGCUCUUUUGCCAUCGGUUACUCAGGAGUGGGGUGGUGGUGGUGGGAGGUUUGGGAUUUCUAGGCCACAGAGUUCAGCCCUGGAUUUCUGUCUGCCCGCUCCUUCCCAUGAUGCGUACGUAGAGGUGUUUCCUCGCGCCAGCCGAUUUGUGCAGACUUAAUGUACUACGGGGUGGGCAAGCGAUGGUUUUGCCCUAUUCAGUCGCUGUUGAAACAAGACAAAAUUUCAGGGGACAGAAAAGGAACCUACUUCUCACUACUGGCUUGUUGAAUGGCAACACGAUCUGCUCGUUCCCCUUUCGCCGCUGCACUGGGCAUCUUCUCCGGGACCGGCGUCCCUCAGUCUGUCUCUGUACUGGAAGGCACGCCAUCGGAGCCCUUCUGCAGGCUUUAGUUCGGCCUCCUGGCGCACUCGGGUGCGGAGUUUGGAGAUGCGAGCAGGAACUCACAUAUGGGUGAGGAAAACAAACAGUGCGUGUCUGACAGCGCUCCAUAAAGCUGCAUCGGCGGCUCCCUUGCUGAAGUGACCAGCGUGUGUGUGUGUGUGUGUGUGUGUGUGUGUGUGUGUGUGCGCGCGUGUGUGCACGUGCGCGCGUCAGGUAAUACUUAUCUGUCCUGACUGCAGAUGUGCCACCGCUGUGUUCAUCACGCCCAACAUCACUUUUAAUCCAGAUCCCCCCCCAGGAUCCUCCAAACUUUCCAUACUUCCCUAUCGGCAUAGACUGUGUGUGUGUGUGUGUGUGUGUGUGUGUGUGUGUGUUGAGAACACAUCAGGGACUGCUGGCCAACAUAGCCAUCCAUCCAUCCAUCAAAAGAAGAUGCACAAUAAUAUUGUGGCCAGUGGCAGAUUUUCACAAAGCUGUUGUAUUAAGUUUAUAAUUAUUAUAUUAUUAUUAUUGCUGUUGUUUUAACCAAUAUGGUACGUUGUGUCUUGCGUUUUCAGAAUCUUGAUAUUGUUUUUAGAUGAGAGACUGGAAGCUGUACAGCUCAUUGUGAUUUUCCUAGCUGAAGAGUCACGAGUGAACACUCGAUGUGUUUGGACUCGUCUUAUUUCCCUUGAAGGCACAUAUUUCGCCGGAUAGAUGUGAGGGGUAGUUGUGCUUCCAGAGUGCGGUUCUCAACAAGAUGGCCUUGUUUGCACUUUUCCACAAAGUUCAUCUUCCAUACAUUUCUGCCUGUGGUCAUUUCCCCCCCCCCC